UAUAAAUCAGUGUUUCUGUCUGGGGUACUUUCAGAUGUUUAUGUAUUAAGCUAUUAACGUUAAUAGUCUCAUAUAAUGAGCAUAUAUACAAUAUAGAAUAUAAAUAUAAAGUAGAAAGUGGGCAUCAUGUAUUUCAGAAUUUAUGAAGUUUUUAUUGUUGCGAUAUGCUUACAUACAGUAUUAGCCAUAGAUUUGGUCGUAUCGAAUCUUUUGAAGAUGCAGCAAGGCAUAGGUUGGCCCCGCACAUUGCAUGUUACAUUGGGUCACGAAGCUCUUAUAAAAAUUGGUAGAACAGUGGAAAAUGUGCAGGCGUGCGAAGUAACUACACCUUUAGGAGAAACCUUCGAUGUGAGAAGUCCACCAAAUACCAGAUAUGAGAGUUGGAGCGAAGGAUGUGGUUUGCGAGUGCAAAAUGUAAGAACUGAAGAUGAAGGGCGAUGGCGGUUAUCGGUAACCGGUAAUACGAAUCUUACAGGAUGGACUGAACUCCACGUAGAAGAUGAUAUUAAUUCUUACUCGGCGUCUCCCAUAUCACUAUUGGACGGGGAAACGCACAGAGUGGUUGAGCUAACGUCUCUUGAUAAUUCUUAUUGUCUCGUAGCCCAGCCUUUUGCUGAGAGUUCCUUAGUGUCUGGACACUGUCGUGUGACUCUUGAUAGAGCCAAUAGAGCAGUGCAGGGCGACUGGGAGGUCCUAGUUGGGCUACCAGGAAGAGUUUCGGAGUUGCAAGUGCAGAGACGGGUUAACGUUGAAGCGGAACGCCUAGAUGUGGGUUAUAUACACAAUACAAAUGCGAACAAGCUUCAUAUAUAUUGUAAUGUUAUUCACACUAUGAAAAAUAUUACGUUUUGUCGUUUCCAAAUGGCCACGGCAUCGUUCGGAUAUAACGUCAUGGAUGGUCUGAGUGACGGAAUUCACAGUUACUACGGUGACGGAUUUGCAGCCCGUCAUUGCGGAAUGACGGUGGAGAAUCCCACUUCUGCUGACUACGGCACUUGGCGUUGCUCCGUAGGUCUCAAACAAUGGGUCGGCACGCAAGUUGUACAGCAACCGGCCAUGCAGGCCUUGGUCAGAGUCCUGCCUCACGCUCAACACAUAAGACCAAACUCCAGAACCGACCUCAGAGGACAAAGAGAGGUUAUAGUAGAAGAAAACAUUACUUUCACUCUAAUGUGUAACGCCGAUGUUUCCUUGUCUUACUGCUGGUUCCAACACCCGAAUGGCACGCAGUUCACUCCAGUAGCUCAUGAUGACUCGGAACAGGAGUUUUGGUACACUGGCACAAGUCUUCAAUUGGGCGAAUGUGGCAUCACCUUUUCGCAUGCCGCUAUAGCAGAUGCUGGUCAAUGGACUUGCCACAUGGGACCCAACAACCAAAUGGGGGUAGAAAUAACAGAUUCCAUUAACCUUCGUGUGACGGGACCUUUAGCUGCUGAUAUAAAAGAAGUAGAUGCCAGCAUUGGCGCGUCAACAACGCUGUAUUGUCGGACUGCGAAUGGCAAGAGACCACUCCAUUAUUGCAGAUUCUUAGCUCCCAAUAGAGUUGGCAUUAGCAUUGAUUCUACUGUGACUAGUGAAAAUGCUAUACUGGACCGUUACUACUUCACUCCCGACCGUGAAUUAUAUUACGGCGAUUGCUCUCUCGACAUAGACCCAGUGAGGGCUGAAGACAUUGGCGAAUGGACCUGCGCUGCUCAGGUUGACGACCAUCUUGUGGAAGGCAGAGACACUAUCGUUGUUCGACAAUCUUCUAGAACGGCGAGAUCGCGCGCCGGUAUAAUCGGAAUGUCCGUAGGCGUUGCAGUUGUAUUAAUCAUGUUAAUAGUUGUUGUUUUAUUCAAACGAGGUAUAUUGAAGAAUCCCAUAAGACAAAAUGCGGCAAGUAAUAUGAACAUCGUAGUUACUGCCUCACGGGUCCGCCCGUCGAAUUUCAGUGGUACUUCCAAUUCUAGUCAGGAUUCCGAAGAAUUUCGCGCGGAGGUGACUAGACGACGAAUUGAUAACGAGUAUUAAACGAAUUUGAUUUAAAAACAAUAAUGAAAUAUAAUGUUAAAUCAUAUGAAUAUUGUUGUACUUAGUUAAUAACACCUGUACGUGUAGUUAUGUUUUUGAGAAGACAUGUGACAGACGAUAAGAAAUAUCAAAGUGGACAACCUAAAAUAGUCAUUAACAAAAUACAAUUGGACUGAUUUUAUUUAUUAUAGAUUUUAACUUUGUAAUAGAAUUGUCAUAAAUAAAUAUGACAAUUGUGUAAGUUAUUUCAGCGAAAUAAAUUUAUAUUUAACCCUG